GGCCGAUUGUGUGCGACAACUUUGAUUUGUGAAAGAAUGGGUGAAUGUGUUCACCAGUGCGAUCAUCCACUUGGUAGUAGUCAGUCAACUAGUGGAAUAUCAAAUUUAAAAUCUGAUGGCUCCCUGAUCGACGAAAAUAUGUUUGGGGAGAGAAUAAGUAAAGCCUUUUCACCCCCGAAAAACAGAUUAGCUCCCCUUCUUGGAAAGAAGCUAUUCAUGCAUUAUGAAUCUGGCACACUUCGUGACAAGCAAAUGGAGCACGUGUUAAAGAAACUUAAAGGUGAAGUCGUCGAGUUUUUCAGCCGAGAUGUGCACUACGUCAUCACAAAUCGCCCGUCCGCUCGGCUGACAUCAGUAGCUUCAGGCGAGGAAUCACUAAGUACACCCCUCAGAAAGUCCAUUUCACUUCAAAACCAACAUUCUACUUCCCAAGUGCCAAACAGUCUUAAAGUCCCUGUACUUACAGGAAGUAAGUCAGUGAACAACCCCGUGACACGUGGUCGUGCUAUGCUUCUUGCUGCCCGAAAAAUCGCUACUGAAGAUUCAAGUGCUACUCCUUCGAGCCGUACAGCAUCAUCAGUGUUGAGUCAGGUUCAGGCCUCCAAUGAUACGUCUUCUAUUGUACAGUCCUCUCAACCAUCUCUCACAUCAAACACACUGGGAUGUAGUCAAUGGUCAAAUUCAAAUACCGAUUUGCUAUUCAAAGCUCGCCAGUUGGGUAUUAAGAUUCUUACUAUUGAUACUGUAAAUAAAUGGAUAAAAAAUCUUCCCUCAGAUGUUCAGUCCUAUAUUCAGUCAGCACAACGAGGAGACAAUGAAGACCAAUUGAAUGAAGUGAUCAAUGAUCCAGAACGAGAUAGACUCCAUGAAGUUCGACACCUUGUCAGUCCAUGUAUCAAGGUGAUUGAUACAAAAAAUCACUAUAGACCGAUUUAUUUGGAUAAAACAGACUAUCUGCCUGAAUUAUGGAAUUUAGUCGAUCGUUAUAAGUCAAAAUCGAAAUCUUCACAGGAGACAUUCAGUCGUGGUGUACAAGAUUGUCCAUCAUCGCCUAUGCCAUUGAAAAGUACUAAUAAUAUCACUGUUGGAACUCCUGUCGCCUCCACCACCACCACCACUGCCGCUGGUGGGGGUGGUGUUGCUGGUAGUGUUCCAGGAGCAAGUGUUGGCUUUCCCGUACACCACAACAAUCCAAGUCAUCUUGUCUCUGGGACAACAGGUACACAAUCAGUUUUAACGCGUAAAGACAGUCGGGCAAGACGGAAACAUCGACUACAGAAACACAAUACUGCUACACCAUUACAACGUACAGCCUCUUUAGCAGUUAAAGGAAUUGAUAGUAAUCCUAAAGCGAAUUCAACUAUUGCAGCUGUAGAUGAUGAACCAUCCGGUUAUUGUGAAUGUUGUUCCGUAAAUUUUAAAAGUUUAUUUGAGCAUCUUCAUUGUGCAGAUCAUUUACAAUUUGCAAACAAUUCUGAGAACUAUCGUCUUCUCGAUGAUGUACUGAACAAGUUGCCGACAUUACAAGAGUUUUUAGAAGCAAAUAAAACGUCUAAUAGUAAUAAUAAUAAUACUGCCACUAAUACCACUAUUAUGACUACUGACACUGGUACCACUACUAUUUCCAAUGCCAGAAUCACUAACAGCACUGCUACCACGAAUACUAACACUACGACUACCGCUGUUGCUGCUGCUCCUCCUCCUACUACUACUACACAUGUGAACACUACUCAUAGUACUACUACUCCUACUCCUCCUCCUACUACUACUACUCCUAUUGAUACUUAUACUACCAACACGACUACUCUACAGUCUUCAUUUUACUUAAAUCCUAUUUCAAUCAGUCCAGUUUUAUGUAAACCUCAAACAGAUUAUCUGUUCGAUGUAUUAAAGGAUAAAACAGAAGAAAAAGAGAAUGCUGCCCCUGGUCCAGUGUCAAUAUACGCUGAUGGAAAUGCUACAGGAUUUGUUGUUACUGGACGAGAAGAAUUCAAUGCCAGUGGGAAAAAUCCUCUUACAGAAACUAAUAAUAAUCAUAAUAAUAACGUUCCACCUGUACUGAAUCUCUCUGAUCCAUGUACACCGUUACCGAUGAAUCAAUUCUUCACUGAAUCCGGUUCAGAAAUAUUCAGUAAUCAUGCAGAUUUAACAGACAUUUAUGGAGAAGUAGGCGGAGGAGAAGUAGGAAUAGUAUCGAAAGCUGUUCCUCUUCCCAACCCUGGAACUGCUGGCAGUAUCUUAGUCGAUGUUGAUGGUGAAGAUAAUGUUGAAUUGGAUGAAGAAGAGGCAGCAUUCCUUUAUCUACUUUAAUGAAUAAGAAGCGAAAAAUAAAAUCCAAGAAAUAACGAAAGAAAGUUUUCUCCUUGUUAAAUUGUAAAUUUUUUCUCUGUCCAUUAUAAUGAUCUCUUCCAAUUUCUAACUAUGAGUGCUUUCAUUUUAGUAUUACUAUUAUCAUUAUAAUUAUGAUUAUUAUUGAUCGAAGAAUGAAUGAAAUGAUACUUUCUAGUCUCUAUCUCUCUUUGUUUUUGUUUUAAUGAAAUAAACAAUUACGAUGUUUAUGUGCCGCCGUUUUUUGGCGGGAAAAAUGAAAUAGGCUUUUUUAAAAUUCAAAUUCUUACUUUUCUAUUCUAUGUGAUCACAAUUGUUGUUAUGUAUGUAAUUUUUGAUUAUGUGCUGAAUCUUUUAAUUUGUUUGUUUGUUUAGGUAUAAAAAUCUAUUUAUGAUAUGUGAUGAUGUAAAUAUACAUAAAUAUUAUUACGUAAAAUCAGAGUUUAGCAUGAAAUGAGUUAUGUUGUCGGACUUAUGCAUGGUAUUUACUUUCUUUCUCCUUUUCUCCCAAUUUCUUGAAUGUCAG